AUGCGACACUUCAGACCUCCUUUGGCAGCCCUUGUGCUCAUUACCGGUGCGGUCUCAUACGAACACCAACCAACUAAUGCUACUCACCCAUGGAGUGAACGCAUCGAUCUCCCUCUUAUUCCAGUGGCAGUUUCCAUGGUUCCAACUACUGGAGAGGUUGCAAUCUGGGCUGCAUUCAAGAAUGAUUCCUUUGGUGUUGACGCAGCCGGAGUCACUCAGACGGCUAUCUACAACCCGAAAAACGGCACGAUUGCCCAUUACUCAAUAUCACAUACCGAGCACGACAUGUUCUGUCCCGGAAUCAGCCUAGAUUUUAAGGGACGUAUUAUUGUUAGUGGUGGAGACACGGAGGAAAAGACAAGUAUUUUCGAUGGAAAAGAAUGGAAGGCAGCGUCCGAUAUGAAAAUCCCACGCGGCUAUCAAUCAUCUACUACGAUCACUGAUGGGCGCAUCUUUACUGUCGGGGGUUCUUUCAGCGGCGGUAUAGGAAACAAGGACGGGGAAAUAUAUGAUCCUGAGGCUGACGAAUGGACGCUGCUGCCUGGCUGUUCUGCUGAACCAAUGCUGACCAACGAUGCGGGUGGCAUCUAUCGUUCAGACAACCACGGCUGGUUAUUCGCAUGGUCGAAUGGCUCUGUCCUACAAGCUGGGCCAAGCACUAAAAUGCACUGGUUUGACACUCAUGAAAACGGGUCUAUUACGCAUGCUGGAACUCGAGGAAACGAUACUGAUGGAAUGGCCGGUAUGGCUGUUAUGUAUGAUGCUGGCAAAGGGAAGAUUCUCACAUUGGGUGGUGCACCGUCAUAUAACGACAGUAAGGCUACAUCUAACGCCCAUAUCCUCACUGUGCAUAAGCCUGGAGAGCCUGUCCUUGUUGAGGAGAUCAACAACAUGCAUUCUGCGCGAUCAUUUGCCAACGCAGUCAUUCUGCCAGAUGGAAAAGUCUUCGUUGUCGGAGGUCAGUCUUAUCCUAUUGUCUUCACAGACGCAAACUCUAGCAUGGUCCCUGAACUGUGGGAUCCAAAGACAAAAGAAUUCACAGAGCUUCCAAAGCUUCCGACCCCACGAAAUUAUCACUCUUCCGCUCUGCUUCUGCCAAAUGCUACAGUUUUUGUUGGCGGUGGCGGUCUAUGCCCCUAUGCCUGUGAGGCCAAUCAUUUAGACGCCCAUAUUUACACUCCACCAUAUUUUUUCGAGUCCGACGGCGUUACUCCAGCAAAACGCCCGAUUAUCAAUCAUGUUGUAAACCCCACGCUGAAAAUUGGCCAAACUCUCAAUGUUUCGCUUUCACAACCAGUCGAAUCAACUCAGAAACUCACUUUUUCGAUGGUACGAAUGAGCAGUUCUACACACACAGUCAACACUGAUCAACGCCGCGUGAACGUCUCUCCACAAGCUGCAAAUGCAACUCUCUUUACUCUUGGCCUGACACGUGAUGCUGGCGUGUUAUUGCCUGGUUAUUGGCAUUUGUUUGCCAUGCUGAACGGCGUUCCUAGCGAAGCUGAGACAAUUCUCGUUGAGCCUCCGAUGGCAUCUCAAUAA